CAUUGACCCAAUUUAACGUAAGUAUUCACCAAAUCAUCAUGGGCCAUCAACACUUGUACUGUAAGAGAAUUUGCCAGCUUUGCAAUAAUGUAAAAAAUUAAUCAUCAGAUCAACUGGAAUGGAAGCAAUAAUUGAAUGUGGCAAUCCAAUGGCAUUCAAAGUGAUUUUCAUCAACAUGAAUGUUCUUUAUAUGGAUUACCAACUAUAUAAAGCAGAUGAUACUGCAGAAAAGGGAACCAAUAAUUUCUGUCUGUACAGCAGAAAGAGCCCUUGAGCGAGUUUCUAAUUGUAUUUUGCAAAAUGAUGAACGUAUCAGGACUGUGCUCCAGACUGGUCGGAGAGCUAGUGGAAGCAAUGGGAGUUGCAGGGUCAAGUUCGCCAUGCCUUGAUCCAAGUCCAAGUUACAACCCGCAAAAUGCACCUCAAGUGGAUGACUUCAUGAUCCGGGCAUUAACUGUUGUGUUUGGGAUGGAAAACAAUGGUAAAAUAAAAAAGGAGAAUGCACGCCAAGUGGUGGAGAAGCUUGGUUUGAUAUAUGGCGAAGAAGAAGAAGAAGAAGAAGAAAACAAAUCUGCUGAAGUGCCGGUAGAGGAGGUGCUUAAUGGAUUGGAAAAAGGGCCAGAGCGCCAGCAUUUGCUGCAUGAAGCCUUCAAAAUAUUUGAUGAGGAUGGUAAUGGGUAUAUAGAAGCAGUGGAGCUGAAAAGGGUGCUGCAAUGCUUGGGUCUGGACAAAGGGUGGGAUAUGAGCGAUAUCGAGAAGAUGUUGAAGGUUGUGGAUUUGAACUUGGAUGGAAGGAUUGAUUUUAGUGAGUUUGAAUUGAUGAUGAGCCAAUUUAAUUUUCUUUUCAGUCUUAAUUGUAUAUUCUUUCCCAAUAACCGAUGGGUUCUAAUUACUUGCUCUCCUUCCUUGACCUCCUUCAAUCAGCUUACCUUCAACCUCCCUAAACUCCAGAGUCAGUAG